AUGGCUAGUGUCAUGUGUGCUAAUGAGUUAGAAAUAAAAUUAAAGACGUGUGCAGAAAGAAUUACAAAAUCAGAUUUAAAUCGGUAUACGGAUAAAAUAGAAAAUGUUCUUAAUGACGAGAAAGGACGGAGACAUUUUAGGAAAUUCAUGUUUUCCUGUAAAAUGAAUCACGGUCGCCGUGUAUUAGAUUUUUGGGAACAUAUCGAAAAGUUACUCAAUCACAGUGAAUAUUCAGAGGGUUAUUUGCAAAAUUACGACUGUUUGUCUGAAGAAGCUAAGGAAAUAGGAGUAUUAGAUCUUGCUACCGAGGCGAGAAUAAAAACCGCGCGAGACUCUGAGAACAAAGAAGAAAUGGAAGAAUGUCUUAAAAUUUUAAAAGUAGAAGCAACAAAAGCACUUGGAAACGAGUAUGACAAAUACAGACAUCGAUUUAUUUCAUCCAGUAGUAAU